CACGUGCUGCGCCCGUGCGCGGAGGCGCUCGGAGGGGCCCACGUCCCGAGGCACCGCCUCCGUAGCAUGGUCUCGCUCUGCACACUCCAGCCGCGCAGUCUCCCGCGCAGCACCGUCCUAUUUAAGGCUAUGAGCUCCACCCUUUUCCGCCCCUUGCUUCAUUUUCACUUUUUUCCAUCCUCCUUUUUAUCACCGGAGGAGCCGCAUGUACGGGUGGAGCAUCGACUGCUUCCCUUCCAGCCAAUCACCACUUGGCUGCUUCUCUAUUGGCCGAGCCCCCGCGUGCGGUAGCAAAUGGGCUGUGAGUGUCUGUAUCUAGAGUCACAUGUUGCCGGCAAGCUGUCCAAUGGGAGCACGAGAGUCUCUCGCUUUGCUUUUCAGUUGCGGGCUCUGAGCUCUGGUACUACAGGAGCCGCUCGCUCUUCAGCCUCUGCUCCUGGACCUAUGGAAUCUCCAUCUAGCGUUUCUUCUUGUUCCUCCUCCUCACUCUCCUCGUCAUUUUCCACAUCCCCUGUGAACAGUGACUUUAGCUUCUCCUCUGAUAAUGAGAGGGAAGGCAAGAGCGCCCAUGGGCUCAGGCCAGAAGCUGUUGGGCAAAGGGGAGGUGCCCAGCCCAGUCCAGGUCCUAUCCGCUGCAGACAUCGACCCAGGGUUUCUGGUAACCAGCAUACAGCAUCUCAUCUGGAACAGCGAGGAUCUAGGGUCAAAAGAUCAAGAGACGGGGAACUGGAGACCAGUCUACACACCCAGGGAUGUAUCAUCACAGAGGGAGACCUGCUGUUUGCUCAAAAGUGUAAAGAACUCCAAGGGUUCAUACGGCCCCUCACAGAUCUACUGAACGGACUGAAAAUGGGCCGCUUCGACAGAGGAUUGAGUAGCUUCCAGCAGAGUGUGGCCAUGGACCGGAUCCAGCGGAUAGUGGGUAUUUUACGGAAGCCUCAGAUGGGAGAACGUUACCUAGGAACGUUGCUGCAAGUGGAAGGGAUGUUAAAGACUUGGUUUCCUCAUAUAGCUGUCCAGAAGUCAUCGUUAGGAGGGAGCAGGCAUCAGAUAAACAAGGACUUUCCAAGCCCCCACAGUGACUCAGCUGCCUCCUCUCCUGCACCUCUCAUGGAGAAGCUGGGCCAAGCACAGCUAGGACAUGUAGUGUUGAAACCAAAGCAGCCUUGGCAUCUGGCAGAGUGGCCAGCUAUGAACCUCACCUGGAGUCACAGCCCUCCCAUUUGUAGCCCUCCCCUCAGUCCCCAAGGCUCCACCUCCAGCCACAGUUCCCAAGGCACUGCAGCCAGCAUUGGUGUCAUCCUUGUGCUCCAGAAGACAGGAACACCCUUCACCCACUCUGCCCCCGGCACUCCGAUCCCACCAGCUGCACUGUCUCCUGUCAGCCCUGGUGAUCUGAAGAAACCAUCUGGAGAGGGGCCUUGUUGCCACAGUUUGCCAGUAACGCUGCCUUCAGACCGGAGCUGCACCCUCUCUGCCCCUGCUCUCCCUGCCACAGUCAGAGAGACGGCUGCAGGACACCUGGAGCCACAGCUGACCAGCCAUCCUGCCGGUGGCCCUGGUCCUUAGCCCCUGGCUCAGGCUUUACAACGUCCUCUGAGUUCCCAUUUGUGUAAAUAUUAUGUUUAUGUGUAUUUCUUUUUUUUUUUUUUUUUACUUUUAAUGUAUUUGUGGUGAGGAAAAAAAUAAAUCCUUUCUGAUUAAAGACAU